AUGUCCUUCGGAACCCUCUACACUCACAAUCCAACUCCGCGGUCCACCACCAUCCGCGCCCUGGCGAAACUCAACGGGCUGGAUCUGGAGAUCAUCUACGCGGAGAAGACGGGUAAAGAUGCAUACGAACAGCUCUGCAAACACAACUCCCUCGGCCAAGUGCCUACCUUUGUUAGGGCCGACGGCUACGUGCUAUCGGAAUGCAUCCCUCUCACUCUUUACUUCGCAUCACUAGACGAAUCCACAGCCCUCCUAGGAAACGAUAAAAGCGACUCCCUUGAAAUCCUACAGUGGAUGUCCUUUGCCAACUCCGACCUCUUCCCGGCUAUUGGCGGUGUCUUUCUCCCGCGCAUUGGGCAGCGUCAGAUAAUCCGUCAGGAUGACGAAGACUCGCUGCGUGCAAUGCUGCGCCGAUGCAGACACCUGGACCAGUACCUAAAGGGUCGUAGGUGCCUCGUCGGGGAGAGCGUAACUGUUGCGGACUUUUUCACGGCGAGCAUCCUAAUGGGUGCGUAUGCGGCGUUUCGGAAGAGGAUGUAUGAGAUGUUUCCAGAGCUGAGUGCGUGGUAUGAGGAUGUUUGUUCAGUGGGUUGGUAUAAGGAAGUUGCUGGGGAGGUUCCAGACUUGAACUUGGCAAUGCCCGAUCUUGAGGAAAGUAAUGAGGGUGGAGCUGUUGAGAAAGUGCACAAUCACACACGGGAUGUGAAACGCCUGGAGCUUUAG